AAUUCAUUGGUUGUAUGAAUUGUGUCUACUUUAGAGAGAGUCGUGUUUGACAAAUGAAAAUCAAAUCAAAUGUGACGAGAUCAAAUAGUUUAGUAAAACACCAGUUAUAAAAAAAGCCAGAAUACGAUCAUGAGAAUGGUGUACCUUGUGUCAGUGACGAUGAUAGUAACAAUGCAUUCAUUUUAUUUUCACAUGAACCUCAUUUCUAAAAUACCUGUGACUUGACGAGGCUUUCUGCACGUACCAUUUUAAAUAUCAACACCACAAAUGAUAAUAGAAAAUACUGAUUUUACUGAUCAUCAAAAACAUGACGAACACAAAGAAAAAAAAGGUUUGAGCAAAGAUAGAUUAAUAAAAUUUUCAAAAUGGUUGGGAAACGCUUCAAUCAUUUGCAAACCAUUUUAUUAUCUAAUUAAUUGGUUCCUAUUAAAAUGUAAAAAAUGGAAUUUCGACAAAUCACCACAAGAGACCAAAUCAGAUCUUACUUCAUCAGAAAUAUUUAGUCAUAAUUUAUUUGGAUUAAUAUUUGGAAUAAUGAUUGGAUUUAUUGCUUAUGGUUUGUUUGUUACUGUAUUAGAUCAAAGUCCAUAUAUAUCAACAUUAUCAAGUGCUUACAUUAUAAUGUCUUCAAUAUAUGCCUUUUCAUCAAAUUUCCGAUGUAUCGCACUAAUGACAUUUCCUUAUUUAGCUACAGGUGAUGUAAGAUGCUUAAUACUAUUAUAUGCUUCUGAUUUAUGUAUUUCUGAGUUGGGUCGAAGUGUUUUAUACAAUUUUGAAGGGUUCACAAGUUCAUUUGACUGUAUUAUCUCAAAGAUUGAUCAAAGUUCAUACACUGCAUAUGAAUUUAAUCGUCCUUUGUUCAAUUCCUUCAUGGUUUUACUUGAAAGAUUAGUUAAUGACUUUAAUUCUAUGUUACACUAUAUACGUUCAGUGCUGACAGAUAGUCAUUAUGCUACGGUGCAUUUUUCAUCAGCAGUUGAGAAUGGUAACGAAAAGGUUGAAAAACUACAUAAACGGUGUAAUAGCGCUGAUUUUCAUUUCACUUUAUGUUCAGAAUUUAUGAAUAAAGCUUAUUUAAAAUGCAGGCUUGAGUUAAAAUCAUAUAUAGAAGAUGUAGACCUUCCGGAAAAACAUAAUCCAUUUAAAGGUUGUUCCUACGUAAAAGAUCUAAAGUAUAUAUGUAGUGAAAUACAUGCACCUAAUGAAUCAUGCAAUAACAUUGGUCAAUUUAUAGCAAAUAGUUCGAAACUUUUAAAUAUAAAGAAUAUAACAGACAGAUUGGAGAGGAUAUUUGAUGUUGUUGGAAAGGAAAAUGUCACUUUCAUCAUAAAUUCUGAUGAACUUGAUCGAAUGACUAGUAAAGUGGAUGAAGAACGUACUGACUUUAAGCAUUUAGAUAGCGCCUUGAAACAAUUUGAAGAAAUGGACUUUUUAAUUUCUGCGCUUUUAUUUCUAUGGACAUUGUACACCAUGAUGCAGUUAGUUGUGAAAUCAACUAUAUUUAGAAAUCGUUGGUUGAAUAACAUAUCAUUUGAUAAUCAUUAUAUAACUCCAGCAUAUAUUCAGCAGGAGAAACAAGCAGUUCAACAAGGCCAUCGUCCAACACUUCCACUAACACCUGAUGAAUCGGAACAUUAUAAAAUGUUAUUUGAUUUGAGUUGGAGUAAUCAUGAGAAGAAUACAAUAACUAAUGCAAACAGCCUCCAUUACAUGUGGAUAUUGAUCAUCAUUGUAAUCAUAUUAUUUAUUGAUGCUGUGAAUAGUUGUUUACUUUCUCUAGCCUCUUUAAUCUCACACGAUUUCUUUCAGUCUAAAAGAUUUGUUGAAAGUGAGUAUUUAAAUGCUGUUCGUUUGAAAUUAAACGACACUCCACAGUAUUCAGUUGCUUUUAAUGGUCCGUUCUAUCAAAAUGUAUUGUAUGAUAUAAUCAAUGCCCGGGUCGAACUGAAAUAUAGACUGUUCCUUAGGAAAAUUAUAGUAUGUCGGCCAUCAGUAAAUUCACUGCAUUUUGAUAACAUGCUCAUUGUAUUAUUAAUAGUUCUGACAAUUAUAAGCCAAUUAACCGAAGUAUACUUGAUGAGACUGCGCCACAUCAUUAUGAUGUGGUAUUAUCCGCAGAAGUCUUAUCAUCGGAGUGUAUGGUUACGUGAGCAUAUUAACAUUAACCGUGAUGUUAGACAAACAUCAAGCGAAGCUACGAAUGAAACUGGUCAUUGUCUUAUGAAUCAUUUGAAACUGCAACAAGAAUUAGCAUCAUUUGAUAUCAAAGUUAGGGCAUGUUUUUCGUACUUCAAUAAACAUAAAUCAUCGAAGAAUAAUUUUAACCGACCUGAAUUUGGUCUGAAUCUGUGCCCUAAAUGUCAGAUUGAUCUUGGGAAUGUCUGCGAGAAUUGCCGUACAAUAUUACUCUUGAAAUAUUCACAAAUCGUUUUAGAAGAACAAUUAAACAAUGAAGACUAACAAACUAAGAAUUCAGAGUAUCUAGAGAGCUGAUCAGUUUCUAAGCUGAUUUGUUGAUGAAUCCACAGUGGUUCACUUAGAUUAUUUCAGUAUUUUCAUGAGAGUUAAAACAAAGAUUGGUACGGCAUAGUAUGAAUUCAUUUUAUUUCGUUAAGUCCUCAUCUAGCAGAUGAAUACUCAUUUUUUGAAAUUUGCC